AUGCAAGACCAACCUUCUUUCCCAAAGUUUAUUUCCUGUUACCCAGAUCAUGACACUGAAAAAUCACUAAUUUGCUUCAUUUCGUUUCAAUUUUUAACGUUUGUUUUAUCUUAUCAAACAACUAAAAUCACCGCACAGAUUGUUCAAUAUGAUCUCUUUACGUUUGUACGCUCAAAAAACUCUGACUAGGAGCAUUUCGGGGUGGUCAGAAAAUUUGCGUAAACAGACUAAGCUAUCUGAUGCUAUAUAUUCCCGAGAGGACAAAUAUGGAGCGCAUAAUUAUCAUCCUCUACCAGUAGCUUUAAGCAAAGGCAAAGGUAUUUAUGUUUGGGAUGUUGAGGGAAAUUGUUAUAUGGAUUUCCUGAGUGCUUAUAGUGCAGUAAACCAAGGACACUGUCAUCCGCGUAUUAUUGAGGCACUCAAAACUCAAUCAGAAACACUUACUCUUACCUCACGUGCAUUUUAUAACGUUUGUUUGGGAGAAUUCGAGGAGAUGGCAGCGAAAAUGUUUGGGUACGAUAGGGUUUUACCUAUGAAUUCAGGAGUCGAAGCUGGUGAAACUUCGAUAAAACUUGCACGAAAAUGGGGUUACAAAGUAAAGAAUAUUCCAGAUGGACAAGCCAGAGUAAUAUUUGCUGAAGGAAACUUUUGGGGUCGCACUUUAGCUGCAUGCUCUUCAUCUACUGAUCCUACUUGCUACUCAGGAUUUGGACCAUUCAUGCCCGGUUUUGUCAUUGUUCCUUAUGAUGACUUGAACGCUCUCGAAAACGAAUUGAAAAAUCAUAAUACUUGUGCAUUUAUGGUGGAACCGAUUCAAGGUGAAGCCGGUGUUCGUACACCUUCAGAUGGUUACCUAAAGGGUGUACGAAAAUUGUGCACUAAAUAUAAUGUGCUGUUUAUAGCUGAUGAAAUACAAACUGGUUUAGGUCGAACAGGAAAACGCUUAUGUGUAAAUCAUGAAGAUGUUCGACCAGAUAUCGUUCUACUUGGGAAAGCUUUAUCAGGAGGAGUACUUCCAGUAUCCGCUGUUUUAGCUGAUGAUUCAGUUAUGUUGACUAUUCAACCUGGUGAACAUGGAUCAACUUAUGGUGGUAAUCCAUUAGCUUGUAAAGUUGCUAUGGCUGCUUUAAGAGUAUUGGAAGAGGAAGGUUUAGCAGAACAUGCACAGAAAUUAGGUGAAAUCUUUCGUCAGGAACUGAGUAAACUUCCAAAAUCUGUCGUUGAAUUAUAUCGUGGUAAAGGUCUUUUAAACGCGAUUGUAAUUCGUCAAGGUAAAUAGUACUUAGAAAUAUUUAUGUUUAGAUCACUUGAAUUGUUAAGAUUAAUAGAACUGGGGUGUAGAUAAAUAAAAUUAUUUGUUGUUUAUAAAUUCAUAAUAUUUUGUCAGGAAUUAUAAUUAUAUGUAUGUAGGUAUGGAAGUGAAGGAAGUAACAUGUUAUUGAUAACAAAAAUAAGUGAAGCGUUAUUAAACAAUGCGAAUAAAUGUGAAAAAUAUCAUUUGGAAUCUAGACCAAGACUAAUAAUCACAAUAACAAUAAAUACAUAUGCUAAAAAUACACGUAUAUAAAAAUGACCGGGACACAGAAUGGUGAAUAUUGUAAUCCAGUGGUGGACGUAGGGCAUGCAAGGGAAGAGGAACGCAGAAUAGACAUUUCGCUUGUAUAAGUUUAGAUGGAACAUUCACCUUUGCGAUACUAAGUAAACGUUAAUGUAGGUAGCUUGAAAGCUUUACUGAUUUCUUUUAUAGAACUGUAACUGGUGACAUUUUGUUGACGUUAUGCUUUGUGUUCUCUAAAUGCUAUAGUAUUGAACUUCUGUGAGAUUUAAUUGACAUUUUUAUUCAAUCACAUUGGUCACUGCUUGAGGAAGUGAAGAUGGCGAUGUCGCGUCGUUCAACCUAUAAAUUUGUUUCUAAAAGAAAAGUUAAAUUUAUAGAUAUGCAGAAAUAACUGGACCCAGAAGUGAAUCUGUCGCUCAUACAGGUUGAACAUAAUAAAUAGUAAAAAUGAAACUUGUGUCAUUCAAAAGUAAUUUCUCCGCCAUCGGACUAGUAAAUAAAAUAAAGCUGAAAAAACUCCCUUCGGCUUCAUAACUUUGAAUUAAUGUUUAAUGUAACCUAGAAGCGAACAAAAUUAUCACUCUAUCUCUACCCUAGUAUGUAAUGUUGUUAAAUUUUCGUUUUGAAGUGAGCGAAUUUGUUCUACACGGAUACUCUUUUUCCAUGUUCUAGCAUGGUUUCUCUCUGUACAUGAGGGUGAUAUAUAUAUGUUAAUUUUGCGAAAUUCGUUUCUCCUGAUUACGUUUUUUCGAACAAUAUAUACACAGUAGCAGAAACAUUAAACAAAGCGGAUUAUUAGGAUAUUCUUUCUUACAUGUGAGAAGUCAAAAAUAUUAAUAAUGAAGAUCAUUUGUGAAAAUGUAUCCACUUUAAAAAACGUUUUUAUGAUACCUCUGAAAACAGUGAUAUAUUAGGGGUAUGCUUUCUCCUGGUUUAUCAUACUUUAAAUGGGAUUGUAAGCAUAUUUUUUGCUCAGUUUCUGUUUAAUUAAAUUAGUCUUCCUUAAUCUAUCCAGUAAAUCUCUUGACCAAUAUUUAUCUCUUCGAUUAGCUGAAAGUAUGUCAGUGUCUGUGUUUAGUGUUUUAGCAAUCGAACCAAGGUGUAAAUGAUCACACAAAGUAUAACGCUCUGUCGCUUUAAAUAUUGGGUGAAGAAGCCUUCAGUCAGAGAUUAUUUCCACAGUAUCUUUAUGAGACAUUGAAACUGCUAUGUUCUUCGUAACUGUUUAAGCAGGAUAUUAGUACCAUAGCAAUCCCUGAUGGGUUUAUAGAUGAAUCCUUGAUACUGGUUAUCAGAGCAAUACUCUUUACUCAGGAUAUACUUUCCGGAAUCAGCAGAAGUGUCUAUAUUAACACAUUACAGUAUUUUUUAAGCCGAAUAAUCCAAUAAUUUAUUUCAUAUUUAAUUCUACAUUGUACUUUUCUUUUGUGUCCAGGAUUUAAUGCGUGGGAUGUUUGUUUAAAAUUACGCGAUCAUGGUUUAUUGGCUAAGCCAACACAUGACACAAUCAUUCGAUUAGCACCGCCUUUAGUUAUUAAAGAAGAUGAACUGCACAAAGCGACAGAAAUUAUACACAAAGUGAUUGGUUCAUUGAGCAGAUCGUGAAGAAACACAGGAAAAACAAACAGCUAUGCUAUUUCGGUAAGUUCUUUUGAAUUUAUUACUAUUUUUGGUUGUCUUAUCACUGCUAUCGAUGUUAUUCAGUCAGCUGGAUUCAAUUUAGAAAAUAACGGAAAAGUAUGUCAGCCCUAGUUGUUAUUUAUCACAUACGCACAACGUGAUAAAAUUAAAAAGACGACUAAUGAAGAAGCCGAAAUAAUGUAGUAACAGUUAUGAUGAAAAAGGUUAGUUAUUGAGAGUAUGGUUCAGAAAGACAGGAGGAAAAGAUAUUUAUGAAGGAUUAUUGUAACAAGAGACCCAAAGACUGAUAAAGAGUGAAUUAAUUUAUGCCACUGUGACUUGUUUCGAUCCCUAUCAUCCGACAUCUUCGUGCACUGUUUGAGGUUACUGUAUGAAUCUCAACCCAGUAGUUUGCCCCCACCAGCAUGCCCCAGACCAACAAUAAGUGAUCUUAUGAACUAAUUUUACUUUUUGAUUUGGCCAUCCCUACCUUUCUUACAAUAUAUUCUUACACCAGAUAACAUCGAUCGUCGGAACAGAUAAGUUAGACUUAUAUAACAUAUUACCAGCAAGUGUGAUAGACCGGAAAUCAUUUCGAUUGACCUAAAACCUUAGUUAAUCCAAAUAAAAGUAGCAUGAACAUUAUAGAUAAUUUUUUUAGUUCAAACUGUUCAUCAUUAUUUUAGACAUUAAUUUAGUCAGCUACACCGUUCAAAUAUUUAAAAUUUAAAGAAUUGGAAACAGCUGAACGUAAUGUUCAUAAGUUCUUUUUAAAUUACCUUGAGGAUACGUAUAUUAAAGCUAAUCGUAGAGUUUAAACAUGGGAUUGUUCUUCUGAGCAACAAGAAAUUAUAACUGAAGAACUUAAAUAAUACUAAACGCUUUUAAAAGAAUCCCCAAAAGUUUCAGUGAAAAACUGUGACCUAAUAAGUCACCUGCUUCUAGACAAUAAUAGAAACUCAUUAUUGGCAUUUAUUGAUGAUUGUCCUAUGUUGUAAAAUUAAUAAAGUAGAAGUUGGUAACCAAUGAAAUCCAACUCAUUAUUUGAUUGAUACGUGCUCUCUACAAAGUGGGAUGGUUUUGGGUCAACUGUUUAUUGGAUCAUGAAUGUAAACCAAUGAGAAGGUGGAAAAUAUUAUCAACCAGUAAUCCGUAGUUGUACCGUUUUUAGUGACCUAACGACUGAUGUUAUUUCUCAUUAAAAUCAUUCUCGAUAUCUUCAUAAAAUCACUUAUAUCACAUACUAAAUGAUAUCAUGUAUUUACCCAGUAACAAAACGAAUAAUCUACAAAUAAAAUUUGUAUAAAACAAUUGAUUUAAUUCCGUUUAAGUAUAACUAAAUUAUAAUGAUUGGUAAUUAUUAUACACUAAACUUUCACCUCAAAUGCUAAAGCGUUAUCCACUGACUCACUAAAUUCAGUUGGUCUUUGAGUCGUGCAAAAGGUCUAAAAUUCAUUUUUAUGGGCUGAUAUUAUUUAUGUUGUUGAUGUUAAGGCCUACAAUUGUUAAUAGAGACUGAUUAAUUUCAGAUGUGAACAUCAACAGCGAAAAAGUACAAAUCCGUAUAACAGAGAUGGUCUUAUUUCUCAAAGGCAUAAUAAUAAAAUGAGCAUAAAAAUAAAAAGACAUUGAAAAUGAACAAAGUCACAAAAGUUGAGAGAAAUUAACUAAACAAAAAGUCAUAAGAUCUUGAAACAUAGAGGGAACCUUGGUGUGUCAUAAUAACUAGUUUUAAAGAAUACCAGAUUCCUAUUUUCAUAACCCUGAAAAUUUGAACCAUGUAACCUAAACGUUGCUACUCAAUUCAUGUCAACGGCUAUUUAUUAGCUUGAUCACUGUUAAUUUUUCUCUGGAAUUAUUGAACUGUAGUGCUUUGUAAUAGACGUCAUUUUAGUGCAUCUAAAAUAAAUACCCAAAACACUAUACUUUCUAUGUUGUAAAUCAAAAUACCAUUAACUUUCUUAACAACCUAGAUUAAAACUCUACAUUUUACAUCAAGAAUUACUCAUUCAUUAGUUUGGGAUCAUAUGAAUAGGGAUUGAAAAAGACUUUAUUUUAAAAUAUCUACAUCGUUCUUGUGGUUUUCAUAUCUAAUGAUCAUGUCUAAAAACUAUAAAGUACAAAAAAAGCGAACUUUUGAUUUACAUUUCUCCGUUCGAUGAACAGUUAGAUAUUUAAACAUUAUUGUAUAUGGCUUUGAGGAAUAAAAACACUGAAUGAUCAUACAAUACAUAUUUCUUGCCGAGCCCACUACUCACUUACUUACACCAGUUACUCCCAAUGGAGCAUAGGCCGCAGACCAGCAUUCUCCAACCCACUCU